UUGUCUCAAAAUUAAGAAGUCUUUUCUUCUAUCUUUCAUUUUCCUGAGCAAUAUAAUAUCUGUCUUCCUUUUAAAGAAAUUGAGGAUAUGGAUAUGGAAGAGAAGGCUUUUGCUUCUACUUUUGUUUACAGAGGCCAUAAAAUCACAGACAGCCUGGAAGAGAAAGUUUCAGUCUUUCUUCAUGAAGAAGAUUUUCAUCCCUCUGAUCCUUCUUUUGAUGGUGAGGAUGAUGGUGAUGAUUUGCAGGACUCCAUGGAAAGAACCUUAUAUUGGGAAUCACAAGAAGCCUUGCUUCAGGAGGUUUUGGAGCGUUGUAGCUUAACAGGUUUAAAGAUAAGACAAGAGAUUAGCAGAAUCAUAGAGAAAGCAAAAGAGAUAGAAUAUUGCCACUGUGUGAAGCUUAGCUCUAAUGGCUGCAGCUCCUGUUUGAGAGUAAAGGUUGUUGAUUUGUUGUCUCUAAAAGGGUUCAAUGCAUCUCUUUGCACAUCCAAGUGGAAGAACACUCAAAAGUUUCCAGGAGGGAAGCAUGAGUACAUUGAAGUAAUUGUAAACACAAGUGGGCGCAAGAAGCAAAUCACAUACCUAAUAGAAUUGGAAUUCAAAGACCAAUUUGAGAUUGCAAAAGCAUGUGAUGAGUACAAGAAGCUCAUAGCUCAAUUACCAAAAUAUUACAUAGGGAAAGCAGACUAUCUAAAUGCCAUUGUUGGUAUUAUAUGUGACUCAGCCAAGAGAUCAAUGAAGGAGAAGAAAAUCCAUAUGGGUCCAUGGAGAAAGAGAAGCUUCAUGCAAAUGAAAUGGUCAAAUUCUUCCUCGAAAGGUUUGAUCGAUGAAUCUCGAAUGCACUUCUCUGCAGCUCCUGCUAUGAUAUGCACCUAAGUAGAUGAUCACUGGACAAACAAUUGGGAAAACAGGAAAAAAAGAAUAAGCAUUACUGGUUUUGACAGCGAAGAAAGAGAAAAUUUUGACUCCUAUAGUUUGUAAUUUGCUAUAUAUAUGUAUAUAUAUAUAUGCAAAAUACUGGUAGUGUACUACUGUGUUUAUGUGCCAAUAGAAUCAAGAAAUGAGCAUUUGCAAUUGCGAUUUUGCGGCAUUUGAGAGGAGAUGAGAUGAGAUGCUUAAGUAUUAGCAAUUAUAGGUUAAUGUUAUGUGUGUGUGUGUGUGUGUGUGUGUAAUCUAGUAGAGAGAACAGUCUAUUACCAGGGAAAAACCCUUCUUUUCUUUCUCGUUUUUUAUUUUUUAUCAGAAAUGUAUUUACUUCUUGUUUUUUACUAUGAUACUAUUCUAUGUAAUGAAGCAGAUGACUUUCAGAGAACUUUCUUAUUA